AUGCUAACCAGAAACACCCUCUACUGCACCCCAAAGAACCCUUUACCAAUCUCGUAUCUUCCCUCACUUUCCCAAAGUUUUCAAUCUUUAUCCAUUGCGACAAUUUCAAACCGAAGCAAACGAUUAGGUUCAGUAGGCAGAAUAAGAUGCACAUUUGAUUACAACAGUGCUGGAAGCAAUAACAAUGGGGUUUAUGAAUACGAACGGUUUGCUGUUUCUCAAUACCCGAGGCCCUCUGAGAUUCAGUGGAAGAAAGAGCUUUGCAACUCCGUACAACUCAUCGGAAUUGUUGCCACCCCUGUCCAAAUCAAGCAUCUUCCUUCCGGAAAGGUCCUAGCUUGGUCUCGACUCGCCGUCAAGAAAUCACAAAAUGAAACGGUUUGGAUUAACUUGGCAUUCUGGGAUGAGAUGGCGCAUAUUUCUUCUAAGCAUGUAGAGAAAGGUCAACAAAUAUACGUCUCUGGUCGCCUCGUCUCAGAUACUGUUAAAAAUGAAGACGAGACCCAGCAGACCUAUUAUAAGGUAGUAGUUCAGCAACUAAAUUUUGUAGAAAGGGGCCCCUCCCCAGUUUCACUGUACAAUGGUGACUCCAAUUCCCCGACACCAGGUAGGAAGCAAAACAAUUAUGCUGCAAAUACUACAGGUUCCACAGAAGAACUAUGGCAAGCUUUCUUUGCUAAUCCAUUAGAAUGGUGGGAUAACAGGAAAAACAAGAGGAGCCCAAACUACCCAGACUUCAAGCACAAAGAUACUGGCGAAGCAUUGUGGGUGGAAGGCAGGUAUAAUCCACCAUGGGUGAAAUCACAGCUUGCUAUACUGGAUUCAAGGAUGGAAUCGAUUCAUGAUCAAAGUUCUAGCAUGCAUGUGAACUUCAUGUCUACUGAUAGUCUUGGGCCAUUUUAA